AUGGUAUAAUUAAUUUUAAACGGGCGUGAUAUUGCUUUAUGUGUAAUAUGCAGAAUACCUGUUGAUAACAAAUCUGUUACCAAUGCGAGACUUUUCACUGAUCUAUCCCAUUCUCUUAACGAAUUAUUAUCAAGUUUUAAAUAUCUAGAUGCAUGGUCUUUUCAAAAUGAUGAAGUAAGAAAAUUACUUGAAGACAAGGAUCAUAGAACGAUCGAAGAAUUUUGUGCUACACAAGAACAAGAAUUCAAGGCAGAAACAUUGGUUGAUAAGAAUGAUAAACGCGAACAAUAAUAGUGGUAACAGUGAGUCAUACUUAUUGUUUAAUCUAGUUUAUUCUAGAAUAACAUUUUCGAAAAAAUUUAUUUUAUGA